GCGCUGCUUCCAUCUCGCUGUCGUAUCGUAGCUUUUCUAUCAUCGCCGUACGGACGAUCGUCGUCUCGGCUGCGCUAUGAAUGCUCACGUAAGUUAAUGUAGGUGACGCUGUCAGACGAGCUCCUACUGUCCACCCUUUUACCACUCUGCCUUUGUUCUCUCUUAAUGCUGCGUCAUCCAACUCUCCAUACUCCAUACUCCUGGUUGUUCGCUCCUGUUGCUGCUGGCUGGACAUCCCGGUCGUCGCUGCAGACCAUCAUCAGUCUCUGCGCCUUUUGAAACGCUGGGCGCAGCUUUUGGAUAACCGCAUGAGCAACCGUCCGAGGGAUCGGGACUUUCUGUCCAGGGCACGUUAAACCCGCUGUCAUCGCGCAGACGUGGGACAACCUGUCUCACGGGUUUGCCAUCAUGCAGAGAGCACGACAGCAGUUGCUGUUCUCUAUGCUUUUCGCCUGCACAGCCAGCAUCUCUUUCGCUCAAAGUCUGGUCUCGCGACAGCAAAGCGGCGCUUCAUCGUCGGCCAUCCAACCCAUAAGCAUCAAUCCAUCGCAAAGUUGGCUUGGCGUCGAUGGAAACUGGUCAACUUUCGCUGUGCAGGUUGGCACGCCGGCGCAGACAGUAAAUACUCUGGUAUCCUUCAAUCUGUACCAAACCUGGGUCGUCGUCACUGAAGGCUGCGCAGGUGCAUCAUCAUUUUCAAGCUGUGCAGCAUCCCGUGGUGGCACCUUCGACAUUAGCGCAUCAACAUCAUGGAAUUCGGUCGGCAUCUAUCAAUUCGCCAUCGAAGCGAACCUGGGUUACACCGGGAAUGCACGCUUUGGGUAUGAUUAUAUCCAGCUACCAGGCGCGCAAUCCUCUUUGCCGUCAUUGAACUCCACUGUUGGUGGUUUUGCUGUGGACGACUUCCAUCUUGGGUUGCUUGGCCUCAAUCCGAGAUCAACCAACUUCACCGUAGACGGAUCAGGCUCACCGAGUUAUCUCGGACUGCUUCGUCAACGCAAUCUCGUUCCGAGUACCUCAUUUGGAUACACGGCUGGCGCAAGCUAUCGCUCAAACGGAGGUGCGCCUGCAUCGUUGACACUAGGCGGUUUCGAUAGGUCGCGUUUCAUAUCGACAGGCAAUACCUUCAAUCUAAGCUCCAACCCCGAGCGUGACACGGUCAUUGCUAUCCGGCAGAUCAGCACGCCGUCACAAAUUGCUUCGUCUCCUGCUGGCACGGCCUUGCUACCAAGCCCCAUAUUUGCAUUGUUGGACAGCUCCGUGGCCGAACUUUGGCUGCCAAUCGAUGCAUGCCGCGCUUUCGAGAUCGAAUUCGGCCUGAAGUAUGAUAAUUCCUCCCAACUCUAUCUGGUCAACGACACGCAGCAUCAAACUCUUCAGUCACGAAAUGCCAGCAUUACUUUCACUCUCGGCCAGACCUUCUCUGCUGGCUCAACCGUUUCCGUGACCCUCCCAUAUGCAGCCUUCGAUCUGAAUGCCACUGUGCCAUACAGCGGCCUGUCAAAUUCAUCUCGCUACUUCCCCAUUCGACGUGCGCAGAAUAACACACAAUACACUCUCGGUCGAACCUUCUUCCAGGAAGCUUACCUCUCAGUCAAUUACGAAGCCGGCUCCUUCAAUCUCUCACAGGCAACAUGGUCGCCCAAUGCGGCCAAAGAUAUUGCCACGAUUCCGGCAUCUUACGGCAGCAGUACCGGAUCUUCCCCUGCCGGCAGUAGCAGUAAUGGAGGUCUAUCUGGUGGUGCUAUCGCGGGUAUCGUCGUUGGCUCUGUCGCAGGCCUGGUCAUUCUCGCUCUCCUGCUCCUUUGGUUCUUCCGUCUCCGGAGAAAGCCAUCGCACAGCACCUUUGUUACAGAGAAGGACAAUCUCUCGUACAUCCGUGGUGUGGAAGAUCGCCCAUAUGUCAUUCCGAAGGCAGAGCUCGAGGGCUCAACACCGAUCGACCCGUCUACCUCGACCCUUCUACCGGCCGGCAUUGCUACAAUGUCUGCUUUUCACCCUAAGAGCAUUGCGCGCACGACCGAUAGUCGCCUCAUUUCUACCAACGGGUCUGCAUCUGGAGAAGGUGACGGCGCACCACCAGCUUCACCUCGCUCUCCUUUAGCUCCAGCAGGUCUCGCUGGCGGUGCGCUCACUGGCCCUGCCAUAAGGGAUCGCCAGGACUUGGAGAAUAUGAACUAUAGUCACGGUGGAGCAAUCAUAUAUCCUGCUCCUCCAUCAACCAACACCGAGAGCGGUCCCAGUCGUGCUACCACGAGCCAAGAAGCUGACCGGGCAGUCACGCCUUUCACCAACACUAAUACUACUGCGUUUCCCACCCUAACAACUACAAUCUCACCCACCAGCUCAUUUUCAUCACAUUUCCGACCUGGUACAGCUCCCGCUCAAUCGACGAGGAGCCAACAUUCCAUGGAUCGCAUCGCCGUGCAUGAAAUGCCGGGGGAUAUGCCAGGUGGCGAUAGCGAGAGCGGAUCACGGUUUGCAUCUCCGCGACCAUCCACAUCGUCACGGCCUCGACCAAGCACUUCCUCGUCACUCUACAGCCGCGCAUAUGACCGAAGUGCAUCCCACGACCCACUGCCUCCAGGAGCAGCUGCGCUUGCCGCCGCUUUUGCCGCGGAAAGAAACCCCGGAGGCGAUGCACAUUCCACAAGACGACCGAGUGGUGAUAACCUUACUGCUGCGACAGCGCCCGGCAUUCCUUCCGUAAUACCAAACGCCUCAACUUCCAACCCAGCGGCGAACAGCGCAGAAACCAAACCUACCACUGGCCAUAAAUCCACCGGCAGCGGUAAUUCCAAAUUCUUCCGAAACUCCUUCUCACGGCUCCGAGGAAACAGCCGUCCGACCAACCCACCACCGCCCCGGUCCCUGCCAUCACCGCCCUCCCAACCCACACUCACACUGAACCCACCGCAACCGAUCCACCUGACGCAAUCCCCCGUCAGCCCCAUCAACAACAACCAGACCUUCAACAACACCCCACCCACCAUCUCCCUACCACCCCUGCCUCCCGCACCGCCCGAGAUCACCCAUUCCCAUCCCUCGCCCUCCUCGGGCCCUAACACCGCGCGGACGUCCCAGCACAGCUACUACGCCGACGACUACAGCGGCGGCGCGCUGACUUCGCAUCCGCAGGAUUCUCCCACGGGGGCAGCCCUCGGCCAGGGCCGUCCCAGUUCGGAGAUCGUGAGGCCCGCACACGCGAUCCUUUUACAUGAGGCGUUCUCUUUUGAGGAAAGGAAUGGUGGCGGGGCUGGACAGAGAGGAAGCGAUGGAAGGGCCGGUGAUGGAGGCAGGAAUUACGAUGAUGAUGAUAUCAGUGAUGAGGAUGAGGAUGGGCGGCGGAGGGAAGGGAGGAGGUCGAAGGAGAGCGAGGCGACGGCGCGAUGAAUUGAAAUUUGAAAAUGACAGAUUGAGGAAAUGAAUAGCAUGAUGUAGCACGAUGAUGAUUUUUGGUUCAAACAUUCUUUCGCGAGUCUUCUCUACGGAUUAAUGGAAAACAUUCAUGAGUUUUAAAUAGAAUAAGAGGCCGGGAAGAGAACGUUCGUGGGCUCUGUCGUCUUGUAUUUUUUUAUGUUUACGUGGGGUUUUCUCCCUGCAGUUUGGAAGCUCUGUCGGGAUAUCAGAGACGCGCCUUUUUGGUUGUUGUUCACAGGUAGAAAAUCA